GAGCCCGGUGGACGAGCUUAUGGCGGUUCUUUUGACUCCGCGGUUCCGUAGCCUUGGCAGCCAGAGCCAGCUUCCCGGCCCAGGGCGGAGUGUGUCGAGUUUCGUGAGCCCUAGAGAUGUUUUCUGCCGGAAAAGGAGGACAGGAUGCUCUGGUCCUUUUCAAGCUACUCAGCUAUGGGAUGGUAUUAUUCACUCCCUUCAGACUCAAGUGGAAACAAAAAGAAGGAGGCAUCAUUUACGAACAUACAAAGACUGUUUUACUGGUUCUGAUGCUGUUGAUGUAGUACUAAGUCAUCUUAUGCAAAAUAUGUGCCUGAGUAGUAAUGAUAUCUCUCGUCUUAAAGGAGUUCGUCUUUGUCAAGUUCUAAUGAACCAUAAAGUAUUUGAACCAGUAGGAAUGAAGCUAUUCAAAAAUGAAAAGGAAUUGGAAUUUGAGGAUUCAAACAAUAGUCUCUACAGGUUUCUAGGGAAUAAAUCAUCUUAUGUUUUUUGCAAAAGAAAAAAGGAUUCUGAGACUGGGUUAAAUGAUGAAAUAAAAGCAAAGGAAUCUUUAAGACCAGAAGGCAAAGUGAUUUCAAAUCCUCUAGCACAAGAGAUUGGUGAGGAAAGAAUUGAGGAACUUAUUGAUACAAUGAGUGGGACUCUGGCUUUACCUCCAAACAUCACAGUUGACAAACCUGUUCUUCCACUUUCAAAAGAAGCCGUGGAAGAUGUUUGGAAACAACAAACAUUGCUACGUAUUCUUCAACUGAUUCACAUUCCAUUCUUAGAAAAUAUUUUGGAGCCUCCAGUUAAAACACAAAAUCUCCAAUUAAGUAAAGAGGAAGAUCUUGUUAUCUCAAACACUUGCCUCGACAGAGAGGUUAUUCCAAGCUUAUGUCUACUUGAGAUUGAUAACUGGCUUAAUGCAGCAAUUGAAUGCUUGGAAUAUUUCCCUGACCAGUUAAUAGUUACUGUCAGCCAGCAGUUAGUACAAAACAUAAAUGAAGAGACAAGAUUGAAUACACAGAAGAAGUUACUCUUUGAUGUCAUAGUAAAAUAUUAUAAUCAAGAGAGAGAUUGCUUAUUAACUGAUGAGUAUUUUGAUAUUCAUUCAGGAAUUAUAGAACUUUUAGAAAAUGAGAAAAGAACAGAAGCACUUGAAGCAACACAACUAUAUCUAAGAUUGUUGUUGCCCAAUGUUAGAGAAGAAUUACGACGGCUACUCACUUUUAUGGUGAUUGCAUCAGAACCCAAUGCCUACAAAUUACAAAAACAGUUUGAUAACAAAACGGUGGUCCUGAAAACUCUUGCCAAAGCAGUUUUGCAAUCCAAAUCAUUAUUAAGAGUACGGGCAGAACAACUAGUCUUGUUUCUACUGGAGUUCCACUCUGAGCUCUUCAAGACACCAGUUACUUUAUUGGAUCUGGUUAGUAAGAAACUUAAGAAGCUUCUACAUGGAGAAGAUCCAGAUGCUAUAUCAGGUUUCACAUUUUGCCAACGCUUGACAUACAAGGAGUUUGAAAAACAAAAGGAAAGGACAAGCCAAUAUCUUCACCAGUUGGCUCUUGAGAUUAAUAGUAACCCCAGCAUCUCUUUGAAACGAAAAAAGAAAUUAAUUAAGGAAUUUCAAAAACACCAUCCAGAAGCUUUGCAUUAACAUUUCUGGGAGAAGAAAUUAUAAUUUGUCAAUAUAAAGAACUCCUCUGGUGGUUUUCUCAAACUGCCAUACUUACACUUCAGAGAUAGGAUAGCCUCUAAGCAUUGUGAGUGUAAUCAUGCUUAAAAUAUGUGGGGACUUCCCUGGUGGCACAGUGGUUAAGAAUCUGCCUGCCAAUGCAGGGGACGUGGG